CUCCCAAGACCCUGAAAAUGUGGCUCUUGGAGCUCUUAACCAUCCAACCACAGCUGGCGUUGAUCCUGGCUCUGACUCAGACCGGCCCCCACUCCCUGCGAUACUUCCUCACCGCCAUCUCGCCGCCCGGCGGCGGGGAGCCCCGCUUCAUCGCCGUCGGCUACGUGGACGACACGCAGUUCGUGCGCUUCGACAGCGACUCGGCGAGUCCGAGGAUGGAGCCGCGGGCGCCGUGGGUGGAGCUGGAGGAACCCGAGUACUGGGAGCGGGAGACGCGGAACGCCAAGGACGCCGCAAAGAAUUACCGAGUGAACCUGAACACCCUGCGCCGCUACUACAACCAGAGCGAGGCGGACUCUCACACCCUCCAGUUGAUGUACGGCUGCGACGUGGGGUCCGACGGGCGCCUCCUGCGCGGGUACAGUCAAUACUCCUACGACGGCGCCGACUACAUCGCCCUGAACGAGGACCUGCGCUCCUGGACGGCGGCGGCGGGCACGCAGGCUUGGAUCACCCAGCGCAAGUGGGAGCAGUGGGGUGAGGCUGAGUAUCAGAGGAACUACCUGGAGAACAUCUGCGCGCCUUGGCUCCUCAGAUACCUGGAGAACGGGAAGGACACGCUGCUGCGCGCAGAAGCCCCCAGAAGACACAUCACCUGCCACCCCUUCUCUGACCAGGAGGUCACCCUGAGGUGCUGGGCCCUGGGCUUCUACCCUGCCGAGAUCACCCUGACCUGGCAGCGUGAUGGGGAGGACCUGACCAAGCACACAGAGCUGGUAGAGACCAGACCUUCAGGGGAUGGAACCUUCCAGAAGUGGGCGGCUGUGGUGGUGUCUUCUGGAGAGGAGCAGAGAUACACGUGCCGUGUGCAGCACCAGGGGCUGCCGGAGCCUGUCACCCUGAAGCCCCCUUCUCAGUCCAGCAUCCUCACUGUGGGCAUCAUUGUCGGCCUGGCUCUUGUCGGGGCUGUGGUCACUGGAGCUGUGGUGGCAGCUGUGAUCAGCAGGAGGAAGCGCUCAGACAGCAACAGUUUCCAGGGCUCUGAUGAGUUUCUCAUGAAUCCUAGAGUGUGA